AUGCCAAUGGCCGACGCGUCUUCCCCCCGCUCUCUUAGUUUUCGACAAAGACUUCUACCGCUCAUAAACCUCUCUUCUCAUGUCAGCGCACCAUUCAUAACUACCUUUCUGCUCAUACAUCUUAGCGCCCCAGCCUUGGCCAACGUUGGAGGAUCUUCGCUUUCUUCUCAAGUCAUGCUUCUUGGAAGGGAAUAUUACCAGACGAGUCUCGCGGAACCGUACCUUGUACUAGGUCCUUUGGUUGUUCACGCUUUGUCUGGUGUCAUCAGGCGCGCCCUCAUCAUGUAUCCAAAAAUAAAAUCACCAUCUAUCACAGAUGGGAACACCUCCAAGCCUUUGACGUUCUCUCAACGAAUUCGCGGUGCCCUUCCCACUACGACUCUCUCUUUCACCGCCUACACCGUCCUCCUACUUCUUCCAAUCCAUCUUGGUAUUCACCGAAUACUACCUCAGACUACUUCUCCGCCUGUUCUUUCUCUUGGACCAUCUGAGUUGGAAUACUCUUUUGUUCAGUAUGGACUUCAGCGUUGGCCAGCUCGAACUUGGGCCAUGUAUGCGGUUCUUGUUGGUGCUGCUAUUACACAUGCUGUAGAGGGUUCACGAGUCCUUAUGGGAAACUUCGGUUUCAAAAGUUCUGUCAAAAAAACGUCCAGCAACUCUGUCGUUCCAAAGAACUCGAAAGUUCGUCGCAAGAUACUGGCAGCCGCCCUCGCUCUUCCCAUACUCUCAGGACUAUAUGUAUUAUAUAAGGAGCCGCUGUAUUUGUUUGCUGAUAUGGGACGACGCUUAGAGGGUGUGUAUCGAUUGUCUUGGAUCUACAAUACGCAAUAA